GGAUAUAAUGCGGCGAGGAAAGAUCGAAGCGAAGAGAAUUGAGGACAAAAAGAAUAGAGUGCUGACAUUUUGCAAGAGGCGAGCUGGUCUAAUCAAAAAGGCGCGGGAGCUUUCCGUAUUGUGUGACGCCCAAGUGGGUCUCGUUAUCUUUUCUCAAAACGGCAAACUCUCUCAUUUCUCUAGCCCCAGGGACAUGAAUUUGGUUAUUCAAGAAUAUCAUGAGAAUAUUAAAAGUAGUGGUAAAUUUCCAAAAAAAUUUUCCUCUCCCUAUCGGUCGAAAAAGGUGGCAGGAUUGAUGCAAAAGAUACAGGUCACGGAGAAAAUGGUUAGGAAUUUAAAGGGGGAGGAACUUUCUUCUUUGGGUCCUGAUGACUUGGAGCAAGUGGAGCACCAGAUUCAACUAGGAAUGAAUAGAGUAAGAGCGAGAAAGAACCAACUUGUGGAGGAGCUCCAAAGGAGGGCCAAUGACUUGCAAAACGACAAUGAUGAACUACACAAAAUGGUACGUACUGGAAUAGCUAGCAACCCUUGGCAGCAAAACUUUCAACAACCAUGGCAGAGAAAUCAUUCAUUGGUGCGUCUUCCUGAGCAAGAGCAUCGUCGCACCGUACUGAAAGGAUGGCGGUGAUCUAAACUAUUUAUAUACAAAACAAUGCGGUCAUAUUUCAUUGCAACUAUUUGAUGUAAUAAAGGAACUAGUUAUAAAUGCUUCCAUGUUAUAGUUGAGGAGCC